AUGGAAUCUACAACAUCGGUGUCGAAGGGUGUUUUUCUGUUUCCCAAUGGAUAUACCAAUUUAAAGCGGGCGAAGAAGAACCCUCGUAAAACAAUGGUACAGUCUAUAUUCUUGAAAGAACGGUGGUAUGAAAUCUUUAAGAGGAAUUGGGAUUCUAUUGAGGAACAACUUCAGGAACUACAUGAAAAGACAUACAGUGUGUUACUGAAUGAUAUUAUUUGCUAUUUAAAAAGUUCCUAUCAAGAGAGUGAAGUGAAUAACCUAGAGGGUAUUAUACCUAGUGCAACAUUACUAACUGGGGUCAAUCAACCAGACCAUGUAAAUCAGUUUAAAUCCCUCAUAGGGCUUAUAAGAGAGGAAGUUACAUCACAUGUAGCUAUGGUGAAUUCACAAGAUGCCUCAACACUCAAGCAUUUAGUUGAAAAUACAGUGUGGCAGUUAAUCAACGGUGACAAUUCAGUGGAAUCUGAAGAAAGCUAUGAUGAAAUGUCUAAACCAAAGUUUAAGAAAAGUAGGUGUACUAUGAAGACAUUGUCAAAUUGGUAUUCAAAUAAAUAUAACGAUGAAUGUUCACCAAAGAAAAAGAGGCAUACUAAACGGCAGACUCUAGUUAUCAUCAUUCCUGAUUUUGAGAGCUUCAAUUGUAAUAUAUUGCAGGACUUUGUUAUGAUAAUAAGUUCAUAUGUAUCUACACUGCCUAUUAUUCUUGUGUUUGGAGUGGCCACAUCAGUUUCAGCAUUGCAUAAGUCUUUCCCAUACCAUGUAUCCUCAAAACUCCUAAUAAAAGUAUUUAAUUCACAUCCAUCUCACAUUUAUAUGAAUCAAGUAUUGGAAAAUAUAUUUCUGACACACACAGCCCCAUUUCACCUGUCAGGCAAAGCGUUGGAAUUAUUAACCGAUGUGUUUUUGUUCUAUGAUUUUUCUGUUACCGGAAUCAUUCAAAGUAUUAAGUAUUGCAUGAUGGAUCACUACUAUGCAGAUAAUAUGAAAACUCUAUGUUGUGAAAGAGAUAAAAUAGAUGCUGAAGUGAUGAACUUAUCAUCAGAAGACUUGGAGAGUAUAAGACGCCUUAUGUCAUUUAGACCAUUCCUUGAGGUGCAGGAUUGCGAAACGAAGAUAGGCCUGUUUGAAGAUGAUAACUUUUUUAGGGAAAUUCUACAAAAAGAACUGCAUAAACUACAUGAGUACCUUUAUAGUUUUUACCUCUCCGUGAAACUACUCUGUGUAUUUAUAAGAGAUAUUCCUAAGAACAUAAUGGGAAAGUCGUUGCGAGAAAUAUACGCAAAAUGUGCCACAGAUAAUAUAGUAAAGACAGACGGCUUCAAAGAAUGCAUGCAGUUCCUAAAGUUCCAGUCACAAGUAAAAUUAGUGGAGAGCAUUCAAAACGCUUUGAAAAUUGUGAACAGCAGUUUACAAAUAACUACCCCAGUGAAACCUUUGCGAACCACUCCCAUGAAAAAUAACUUGAAUAAUAUUAGUCUAAACAGUGACACAGCUGAGGAUUUCGUUAAGGGUAUAAAAAUAUAUCUCAUGACAUUCUUGAGGCAAAUAGAAAAAGCGAAUACUGAUGCAGAUUUAAAUGGAAAAGAUAUGGAGGAUGACGAUGAUAUGGAAAACGUGGAUCUCAAGUCUGGUAACCGAUAUAAAUUAAAAGAGAAGUUACUCAAAGCAACCAGGGUAGAUAAAAUUCAAUCAGAGUUCGAAAUGGUUAGAUCUAGAUUCGUGAUCUAUCUAGAAGAAAUGUUCGGCCGAGGCUUACUUCCGCCGCACACGCAGACAUUCCACGAGAUACUGUUCUUCACAGAAGUGUCGAAUGUUAAGAAACAGAUUAUUGGCGCCCCCAGGGGUGCACUUCAUGUGGCUCUAAGUAACCCUCAGUGCUAUUUGCAGUGUCAGUGUUGCAACCUUUCAUCGGCGGAGAGUGUAUCCGAGACUUUACCAGACGUGAGUCUAGCGUACAAGCUGCAUCGGGAAUGCGGCAAGCACAUCAACUUGUACGACUGGCUUCAGGCCUUCGCCGCGGUGCUUUGCCCCACGGAGGAGGAGGAAAACCGCGCCCACGACCCGAUGAUACAAGUUCGGUUUACGCGAGCAGUCGCUGAAUUGCAGUUCCUUGGCUUCAUCAAGACGUCUAAAAGGAAGACCGACCAUGUUAUGAGACUUACAUGGUGA